AUGGAGAAAGACCUUGCAGUCCUGAUGGACAAGUUAACCAUGAGCCAACAGUCUGCUCUUGUAGCCAAGAAGGCAAAUGGCUUCCUGGAGUGCAUGAAGAAGACUGUGACCAACAGAUAUGGCUUCACAAAAGAAGUUUCAAAGAAGUACCAGGACCAUGGGAAACAGAUCUUGUGUCUUCUGCGAGACGUCUUUAGCUGGCUUCCCCUCGCCACUAUAAUUGACAGCAAAGUUCUUAUUCUACAUGGUGGCAUUUCAGACACCACAGAUUUGGAUUUCCUGAAUGCACUUGAGAGAAAUAAGUUGAAAUCUUUGAUGCGGCCACCAAAGUCAGUGAGAGGCAGACAGGACCAAGUGAAGGAGAAAAUUCCCACAACCAGACCCAGUAAGCACACUGCCAACCAGAAUGUUUCUGGGAAAACACAGCACAUCUCCUCUUCCACCUCCACUGAGCCUUCAGGCUCAAAUUUGCCCCCAGACCCCACCCUGAAGGAAUGGAAACAAAUCCUUGACAUUCUCUGGAGUGAUCCAAGAAGCCAAAAUGGCUGUACACCAAACAAGUGUCGAGGAGGAGGUUGCUACUUUGGUCCUGAUGUCACUGCCAAGCUGUUUGAAAGGUAUAAUCUGAAGAUGCUCAUCAGGUCUCAUGAAUUUAAGGCAGAAGGUUAUGAGAUCAGUCACAAUGGGAAGGUCAUCACUAUAUUUUCUGCCUCAAACUACUACGCAGAGGGGAGCAACCGGGGGGCGUACAUCAAACUGAACCCCGGGCUGGUCCCGCGGUUUGUGCAGUACCAAGUGAGCCAGCGCACGCGCAGGCAGAACCUGCGGGAGAGGCUGGGUACAAUUGAAUCAUCUGCCUUAAAAUCCUUACGAGAGAUGAUUUAUGCUCACAGGUCUGAACUUACCAGUGCUUUUGCACAGUACGACCGCAGCGGCACAGGCAGGAUUCCUGUCAACGACUGGGCUGCAGCAAUGGAGUCUGUCCUACAGCUGGAACUGCCCUGGAGGAUGUUGCAGCCUCAGUUAGCCCAGACAAGCCCAGAUGGAGAAGUUGACUUCAUGUCGUGUUUUUAUGAUUUGAAAAUAGGUCAACCUAUAAAAGAGGCUCAGCCUGCUUUGGUGGAAACACUGUGCAGGUACAGAAAGGAUCUGGAGAUCAUCUUCAACAUCAUUGACAAAGAUCACUCAGGUCUGAUUUCUCUUGAGGAGUUCAGCCAGACUUGGAAACUCUUCACUUCUCACCUUGGCAUUGAUGUCUGUGAUGAAUCCAUUGACAAGUUAGUCCUCAGCAUAGACUACAACAAAGAUGGCCACAUCGACUUCAAUGAGUUUUUAGAGGCUUUUCACGUGGUUCACAGACUAGAGAAAAAGGCAAACUCAUGA